GGGCUCGCCUAACCACAACUCCCUUUAUAAUUUCUUUCCUCCUCCAUCAUUGCUUCAUCGAUUCAUCAAUUUCGGGCAUCUUUUUGCCCUCUCAAUUCUCUUCCCAAAUUGAUCCUCCCAUCUCUAAUGGCUUCUGAAACUGAUGUCCCCGAAAUCUCAUCUUUAUUUGAGAGGUUAAUGAGGCACAGAGACAUCUCCCUGUUUCUACCCUUCAUCCUGGGGUUCACCACCUCUCCGAGAGAAAAUUCCCCGGACCCAGACCCAGAAAAUGGUCCAUCCCACGAGAGAAUCAUCCUUAUCAACCCUUUUACGCAGGGCAUGGUUGUGAUCGAGGGAACUUCCAGUCUAGAGUCUCUGUUGCGGGGCAUGCCUGGCAAGGCUGGCCAGCCUCCGGCAUCCAAAGCGGCUAUAGAGGCCAUGCCGAGGGUUGAGAUUGGUGGAGGCGAGGAGGGAGAGUGUGUGGUUUGCUUGGAGGAGUGGGGAGCAGGGGAGGUGGUGAAGGAGAUGCCGUGCAAGCAUAGAUUUCAUGGUGAGUGUAUAGAGAAGUGGCUGGGGAUUCAUGGGUCGUGCCCUGUUUGUAGGUACAAGAUGCCGGUUGAUGAGGAGGAAGCGGGCAAGGAGAGAGAGGAUGAGAGGAGAAGAGUAGAGAGGGAGAUUUGGGUUAGUUUUUCUCUAAGUGGUGAGCGGAGAAGCGGAGAUUCCGAUCGACCUCAGAGUAAUUCCGCCGUUGAUGAUGAUGUUUCUUCUUCGUAGGAAUUUUGUUGUAAACAUUUAUUUUUUUUAACAAUCUGUAUAGAGAAAAGUGCUUUUAAAUAAUUAAUUCUCAUUUUCAUC